AAGUCUGCUUCCGGAUGUCCAGAGACAUCUACUCAAAACUCACCAAUGGCAAUGUUAUCAAGGUGACAUGACAGGUCAGUAAACAUGUGGCCCUUUAUAAUGAUUUGUAAAUGACAACUUUCUGUUAAGGAAUAUUUUAGUUUUUAGCCAACAACAGGAAGAUGUUGUCGCUCGGUACAGUCGCUAACUAGCCUAGCGUAAAGCCCUUCCGUCAGGAUACUGUUUUCUACCAUAACAUUUGCGUCGCAAUGAAAAUGUUGUCAGUCGUUAGUAACAUAACGGUCUUGUCGUAAAUGUCGAUAUUAUUAGUUGCGCCUCUACUGAAGGCCCGGUUGUGUAACUUGGCUAAACAUGAGUCAGCAUUUCAACUGGCUGCCCAAGUUAAAAUAAGAUAUCCUGAACUAGUUGAGUUAGGUUUCGUCAGACGGCUGUCUCGCUAAUUGUUUAACCCCGUCAGUUCAAUGUUCACCAUCAUUGAUGUUUUACUUGAGCGAUUGGAGCAUGGCAUCGCUUUGAAGGAGAAGGCACAGUGUCUUGCAUAGAGGUUGAGCUUUUUGAACCAUGUCUUUCCAAGCUCCUCGCAUGUCAGUGUUCACCUUUCAGUCUGCAGUGCACAGUGCCCAUGUUCUCCAGUGUCUGGAUGAUCAGAGGCGGCAGGAUGUUCUGUGUGAUGUGACGGUGGUGGUAGAAAACAGGAGUUUCCGGGCCCACUGCUCUGUCUUGGCUUCCUGCAGUGAAUACUUUCACAGCAGGGUCGCCAAUGUCACCAGGCAGAAUCCCAUCAUCACCUUGCCUGAUGAGGUGACCAUUGGGGGAUUUGAACCGUUGCUUCAAUUUGCCUACACAUCAAAGCUACCCUUCACCAAAGAAAACAUUCAUGCCAUUCACAGCAGUGCUGAAUUUUUAGGAUUUCAUGAUUUGGAGUCCACAUGCUUUGAUUUCCUCAUCCCAAAGUUUUCUGAAGGCAAAAGAACGUCACAAGAGAUCAGGCGUAGAGCCUGUUGUCUGAGCCGGGAUCCCAAUGCCAGAUUUAGCUCCAGCGCAGAAAGCAGCCAACCAAUAUCAUUGGAGUCACACAGCUCAGUGCCUUCAAGAGGGGAUGAACAAACAGAUUUCCCAUCACAGUGUCCUCAGAGUGUGCCGGGUCAGACGAACAGCGGGGAAGAACACUUUUGUUUGGAGAAUUGUGGGCCCCAAAUGCCCACCUUAUCUUUGGAGUUAACAGCAAAUGGUGUGUGCCCCAUGUCGUCUUUGCCAUGCCCAGACUCUGACAAAGCAGAUCACACCUCUCAGUUCUGUGAGACGGCUAUUUUUGAGAUAGGAGAUGUGUGUAAUCAAAGUGAGUUGAGUUUGGCAGAUUGUGGCUUACCCUGUGAGCUGUCAACCCCAGGGGAUAUGAAUCUGCCAGAACUCAUUGAUCCAGCAGGCAGAGAUGUUAAGCAGACUGUGGAGACGCUUGGUGCUGAAACCGACCGCAACCCUGGUUCAUGUCCACACAGCACAUCAGGGGCGGAUGAUUGCCAUAAGUUAUUAGAGCAGAGUAAGGCUGGCCUUCAACAGAAGAUGGAAGGUGAUCUUACAGACCCUACACUGUCGGCUCUAAGUCACAGAGAGGGAAAUGGGGAGAGGAGCAGUGUGGAGAGGGAGGUAGCUGAACAUCUGGCAAAGGGAUUUUGGUCUGACCUAUGUCCAUCUCAGGCUCAACCACUCCCUUUGGAACCAAUGGACCAAAACAAUCUGGCAAAAGCUUCAGACUUUCAUUGGCUUAAGCAGCUGGACCUGAGCUCCAGUGUAGGCGAUUGUCCCUUCCUCAGGGACUUUGAGACAGGUGAUGACCCGGCCCCAUGCGCUGACAGCCUGUCCCAGUCAGAGAAGAGCUCCUACAUGUCUUCCUCGUUCAACUCUGGGGAUGACUCAGACCUGGACACAGAUGGAGAUACUGAAGCCAACAACAAAAGAGCAGCAGAGAUUCAGCUCCCCUUCCCUGUCGAGCAGAUCUCAACCCUGAGCCGGAGUGCCUUCCAGCAGCUUCUGAGACACCAUCACUUGACUCAAGAUCAGCUGGAAUUUGUCCAUGAUGUUCGUCGACGAAGCAAAAACCGUGUGGCUGCACAGCGCUGCCGAAAGAGGAAGCUCGACGGCAUAUACCAGAUAGAAUGUGAAAUCAAAAGAUUAAAAAGUCAGAAAGAGCGUCUGCUGAACGAGCGAACCGAUCUGGUGCACAACCUGGAGGAGACGCGACAGAGUCUGUGCGGGUUAUGUAACAGCGUCAGCUUCGAAACUGGCUCUGAUCAGGACCACUUGCAGCUUCUUGCCAAGGUCUCCUCACCAGACUCCACCAUCCACUCCCCUUGCAUUUUGGGUAAAGAUGAGGAGUCCCAGAUCACUAUCAAAAUGGUUGGUUCUUCAGAGUGUGACCCAAGCAAGCCGCCUGCAGACUCUGUUCAAACUACUGCACCAGAUGCUGGCACACGGACAGAGGAGGCAGUUUCUCCACAGAGCUGCCCGGUCUCUGUGUCUCUGCCCAAUGUCUGUCUGGACAUGAACAUCAGUUUAUAAUUGGACUUCAUUUCCAUUGUUACUUCUAAUGUUGUAGUAUAUAUGUUAACCCCCUUUAAGGAUUGAUAUGCUUGUCUGAAUUUCACUGAAUGAUUUUCGGUCUGAUUCUUAAAGUGGCAUAGACAAAUGUAAAAUGUCCUUUGCUGUAUUCCUAAUAUGCAUUUCACUGUGGUAAACACAGAAUCUAGUAUUCACCAUUUGGAAAGUGCAGACAUGUUAAAGUAAUUCCCAAAUGUUUCUAUUUCUAAAUUAGGAGGACGUUCUUAAAAUUAAGUUUGUUUUUCUAAGGGAAACUCACAACCUGACAGUGUUUUGAUCAUUCUCACACACACAUACACACAUUUAUGAAAAUAAGAUGUUUCUUUUAUUUUGAGCUCAUUAAUUAUAUUCAUCACCAUUGCAUUCUUAACACUAUGCAUUUGCCACUGUAUGUACCACUAUGCUGUUUCUUUGAUUAAUGAUGUGCAACACAACUUUUUUUACAGUAGAGGAAUUGUUAUAGCUAACAUAAAUUCUCAGCAGCAUUAUUUGAAUGCCAGUGUAUGGUUUGAAUGAAUAACUCUCCGCUUCUUCUGAUGUCUGAGGAUUAAUGAAAGUGUUACAGGGGAACAGAGGAAAUUAUGAUAUUUGAUGCAAAAUGUGCCUUAUGUGGUAAUUUAGUAUGAAUACAGGGAGAUAAAGGCAAUCUUUUUAUGUUCUUGUCUCAAUCACUGUUGCACAUUAACCCAGAGCCCACAUUAAUGGCAUUCUCUUACAUGAAGGUAUGUCAUGUUGAGUAUUUUUUAUUAAAUGCGUUCAUGGAUUACAGAUUUAAAUAAACAUUUUAUACCAUU